AUGUUUUCGCGAGCCGGCCUCGAACACGCUGGCGCACUCGCCCUUGGCCUAGUUGCCACAGGCUCCCUUGUCGCCGCUGGACCCUGCGACAUUUACUCAUCUGGUGGCACGCCGUGCGUCGCCGCACACAGCACCACUCGCGCCUUGUACAGCGCCUAUGUCGCACCGCUCUACCAGGUGAAGCGCGGCUCUGAUGGAGGCACUACCGACAUCGCGCCGCUGUCCGCCGGCGGUGUUGCAAAUGCCGCCGCCCAAGACUCGUUCUGUACCAACACUACCUGUCUCAUCACCGUGAUUUACGACCAGUCCGGCCGCAAAAACCACCUCACUCAGGCUCCAGGUGGCGCCUUCAAGGGCCCGGAAGCCAACGGUAACGAUAACCUUGCCAGCGCGAUCGGCGCGCCCGUCACGCUAAACGGCCAGAAGGCGUACGGCGUCUUCAUCUCACCCGGCACCGGCUACCGGAACAACGCCGUCACUGGCACAGCUAGAGGCGACGAGGCGGAGGGCAUGUACGCGGUCCUCGACGGCACUCACUACAACGAUGGCUGCUGUUUUGACUAUGGCAACGCCGAGACCAGCAGUACCGAUACAGGCAACGGCCACAUGGAGGCCAUCUACUUCGGCAACAACACCAUUUGGGGCACUGGCGCAGGCAGUGGCCCUUGGAUCAUGGCUGAUCUUGAGAACGGGUUGUUCUCUGGUGCCAACCCCGCCAAGAACACUGGCGACCCUUCCAUCACUAACCGGUUCCUCACGACGGUCGUCAAGGGAGGUCCGAAUGAGUGGGCGAUCCGCGGCGCCGAUGCUGCGUCCGGCCCGUUGUCGACGUUCUACAGCGGCGCUCGCCCAAGUGCGUCUGGAUACAACCCGAUGAGCAAAGAGGGCGCCAUCAUUCUCGGCAUCGGCGGUGACAACAGUAUCAGCGGCCAGGGCACGUUCUACGAGGGCGUCAUGACCUCCGGCUAUCCCUCCGACGCCACCGAGAACUCUGUGCAGGCCGAUAUCGUAGCCGCCAAAUACGCCACCUCGCCCUUGAACACCGGCACGCCGCUGACCGUCGGUUCGUCGAUCUCGCUGCGGGUCACCACUCCCAACUAUACGGACCGCUACUUCGCGCACGCCGGCGCCACGGUGGCAACCCAGGUCGUCUCGUCCACCAGCAGCGACACUGUCAAACAGCAGGCCAGUUGGGCGGUCCGCGCUGGUCUUGGAAACAGUGAAUGCUUCUCUUUCGAGUCCAAGGACGCCCCCGGCAGUUUCAUUCGGCACUACAGCUUCGUGCUCCAGCUCGAAGCCAACGACGGCACCAAGCAAUUCGGCGAAGAUGCCACAUUCUGUACGCAGCCCGGUCUCAACGGUCAAGGUGACACGAUUCGAGCUUGGGCCUAUCCCACCCGGUUUUUCCGUCACUACAACAACGUGACUUAUGUCGCGAGCAACAGCGGUGUUCAUAACUUCGACACCACUGCCUACUUUAUCGACGAUGUGAGCUGGGUAAUUAGCACCAGCUUCGCUUAA